AUGAUGCCCUCAUCUGACCAGCUUCAUGAAUCGCAGCCAUCAGAGGCACAGAGCCAAGAGAACAUUGCCUUGAAACAGGUAGUCAAAAAUAAACAUUUAAACCUUUCUUUAGGAGAAAAGAUAUCUGUGUCAAAUUGUAAUAUCUAAAAUAUAAGAGAAAUCAGGGAUCCACAAAUAGAAAACGGUGACCCGUGAUUGAAGUUGUUCUGUAUUGCUUUGGAGGUUCCCAGAGACAGGCCCGUGGUGCAGGCUCUAUGGCACGUGGCCCUGAGGGGAGCUGAGGCUCUCUGCAAGGCUCUGAUUGGCUCAGAAAGAGAAGGUACUGUAUACAAGUCAAGUCCUAAUACUUUUAGGAUUGUAAGUAAGAUAUGAAUGCUCAGGGAGUGUGUUCCUUCCCAAUACAUACAGGUUCAGAUGAAGGGAUGCUCCAGCAAGACUCAAUCUCAGAGGAGAUGUAUUUCCCUUGCUAUGAGGUAAGAAGAGUCAGAGUUGGUCCAUAGACACUUGAUACUGGAUUUAUUCAGGGUGGACUGUUGUGACCUUGUUAAAUGACUGUACCUACAGAGCAGUGUGAGCUUGGAGAGAAGCAUUUCUGUGGGCGACACAGAUGUGAGAAUGUACCCAAACUCCUGGAGGUGAGCGUUCUGCCAAUAAUUUAAUAAAUAGAGCUCAAUAUGUGCAAAGAUGACAUACUACCUUGUCUCUUUGACAACCAAGUUGACCAGCCAAGCAUGACUCGGGAACAUUUACACUUGAUUAAACGUCCCGUUGUACUCUUAUCACAGGCCCUACCUGCCAGAAAGUGAGGAUGAUGCCUUCAUCAAUAUCAAGCUCAGUGCGAUCCGUCAAGCAUUUGAGGUAAGCAAUCCCCUGACUGGUCAUUUGUCAGCCAGAGACAUAUAGAGCUGAACAGAGCGCCGCUCAUCCAUGUCUGUUUCCUGUGUCACAGCUCAUUCUCAGAGAACCAGAGGCCAAACACUUCCUGAAGGAGACAGGAAAGAGCCUGAUUGGAGGGCUGCUAUCUUUAGCAGGGAAGGUAUGUAGCUAGUAGUAUACCCACCACACCCUCUGGAAAUAUACUGAACAAAAAUAUAAACAUAACAUGCAACAAUUUCAAGUUACAGUUCAUAUAAGGAAAUCAGUCAAUUGAAAUAAAUUCAUUAGGCCCUAAUCUAUGGAUUUCACAUGACUGGGCAGGGGCGCAGCUAUGGGUGGGCCUGGGAGGCCCACCCAUAGGGAGCCAGGCCCACCCACUUGGGAGCCAGGCCCAGGCAAUCAGAAUAAGUUUUUCCCCACAAAAGGGCAUUAUUACAGACAGAAAUACACCUCAGUUUCAUCAGCUGUCUGGGUGGCUGGUCUCAGACGAUCCCGCAGGUGAAGAAGCCAUAUGUAGGUCCUUGGCUGGUGUGAUUACCCAUGGUCUGCGGUUGUGAGGCCGGUUGGACGUACUGCCAAAAUCUCUAAAACGACGUUUGAGGCGGCUUAUGGUAGAAAAAUUAACAUUAAAUUCUCUGGCAACAGCUCUGGUGGACAGUCCUGCAGUCAGCAUGCCAAUUGCACACUACCUCAAAACGUGAGACAUCUGUGGCAUUGUGUUGUGUGACAAAACUGCACAUUUUAGAGUGGCUUUUUAUUGUCCCCAGCACAAGGUGCACCUGUGUAAUGAUCAUACUGUUUAAUCAGCUUCUUGAUAUGCCACACCUGUCAGAUGGAUGGAGUAUCUUGGCAAAGGAUAAAUGCUCACUAACAGGGAUAUAAACACAUUUGUGCACCAAUUUUUUAAGAAAUAAGCUUUUUGUGCAUAUGGAACAUUUCUGGGAUCUUUUAUUUCAGCUCAUGAAACAUGGGACCAUCACUUGUUGCGUUUACAUGUUGCGUUUAUAUUUUUGUUCAGUAUAGAUGUUCUUGGUUCUUGCUUCAGUAAGUAUUCAAUACUUGCCUCCAUUAUAUUAGCUCCCAUCUACUGUAAGAGCUUGGCAUUUAUCGAGACAAGCCCUGCAGUGUUUGAAGUUGUAACUAUCCCUGCAAUGUGACAUUGUGGGUUUAAUAGGUCUGUAUGUCUCUCAGUGGGUUUGUACAUAAUUCUCUAUGCAUUGCACAUUUGUUCCUGAAUUCUUCUGGAGGUGGACAUUGGAAAACAGCCUAUUUUCCUCAGAAACCCAACACAGUGAAUAUCAGAUCUGUCCCAUGUUGGAAGUAUGCCAUUAGAGGCCUCUGAGUGUUUGUUUGUUUGGUUGUGUGUUGAUCUCUGUAGAGCUCGGAGGGCUUUGGUCUGGUAUGGGAAAAGCUCAUGGCAUUCACUGAAAAUCCAACAAACUGGCCAGGCAUCGUUGACGAGUGCCAAGAGGCAGGGGUGAGCUUCUGUCAUAGAGACACAUUAUAUCAGUUCCAUCCAAGCUUUCACUUUUAUAGGGCCAUAUGCUAUUGUAAUCAUGUUAUAACAUGAAUACUCACUUUAUAUUCUUAUUUUUUCAAUAUUACUGUUAAGUUCUAUUUUGUUGUUCAUCCCCCACAUAGCAAUAAAUCUGGCUGGAUAUGUCUGUAAAACAUUGUUCAUCACAGAACCAUGUGAACCAGCGUAACACUAAAGCUACUAGAGAUACCUGUAUUGUUGAAAGAGUCUAGAGAACCUGAUUUAGACGUAAAGGGAACGGUAUGAUUUUCCCUGCUGUAAAUCAUCCAUACCAGAGAAAAGUUCCCUCCAUAUUUCACUGAACAAUGGCUCUGCUCCCUGCCUGCUAUUUCUAGAUGCACACUUUUUUUUAGGCUUUUAUGACAUAUUUUACGAGUCCAUUGUGCUGAAGGUGCUGGAAUACCAGGAGCACAUUCCAGCCAUCUUAAAGCCAACUCUACGCACGCCAUGGAUCUCAGAGGGCACUAAGAAAACUGUACGCUUUUUUGUUCUCAUAAUCAAUAGCAAAUAAAUGUUGUAAAUGAUAUGUGUACUCAGCAUUGAUUAUAAUAAGAUUACUAAAGACGAUUUAACAUACUAACUAUCGCAAUGAUAAAACCUUGUAUCUUAUGGUAAAUAUGUGAAGGUAAAACCUUUAUGUUAUGUUCACGUUCAGCAAGUGACAAGGCGAACCCACCCCUACAGUCACUGUCUGUUUUAAAAUGCCUUCACAGACUGUGAUGUUCUAUGCCUGGUCACAAAUUAAGAAGAAGAGGGAGUGUUUAAUGGUAGGAUGAAAAAAACGGUUGCCUGGAUGUUGUCUGUAUUUUUUAUUAUGGGCAAAAUAAAUUCAAGUAGUUUGAAUAUUUUUUAUUUAUCGUACAUGCAUUACCACAUAUUACCAGAAGAUGUCAGCAUAGUUCUGAUGUAAUGUAUCCAUGUGUCUCUGUAGAGGCCUGAUGGACUGUACCACCACCUGUAUGAGGUGUUUGACUACACAGACCCAGAGAUCAUGUGGGCAGCCUAUGGAUCACAGAGCAAGACCAAAGAAUUCUGCAUCCUUCUUAGGGUAUGUGACUUGUCAUUUGGUAUUUUAUUAGGAUCCACAUUAGCUGUUGUCCACACAGAACAAGACAUAAUACAGAACAAUAACAAACAAGAACAGCUCAAGGACAGAACUACAUACAUUUAAAAUAAGAAUAUAGAAAUAAAAAAGGUCCUGUACUGACAAAAUACUGAAAAGACAGAGAGACCCAUACUAUAGGCCUAUUUGUUGUUGCCCUUCUCUCAACUGUGAGUGAGUUAGCUUGCUUUCUCCUCAGUUGCUCUGUAUGUUGUAAUAAUUUAAUAUUGUAUAGUAUCCUUUCAAUGCCCAUAGAUCCAGUUAGAGUAUUUGUCUUUGAUACAGACCUACUUUACCAUGACGUGGCGAUCAAAGAGUUUUCCUUAAUCUUCAUUAUAGUGACAGAUACACUUCUGUAAUUCCAGGGUCGGAUUCUGUCUUUUAUCCAACAAAUGUUCAGCCUGGACAUAAAGAGGUAUGAAUCUCCCGAGUCACUGGCUGUGAAGGUCCUCUCUAAUUGGAAAGGGCUGGUCCGCUUCCUGCAGUUCUACGUGGAUGAGAAUCAGUAUUCAUUACUUAUUAGUAUGAAUCAUAAAGAGAGAGGAAUCUCUGUCUAA